AUGGCGGCGGCGGCUGCUGCCUGCGGCCAACACAGCGCCGCGAUAACGGCCGCCGUUAGCGGUAAAAAGCCGCAUACUAACAGGGAACACAGUCGGAGGAACCGGGAGAACUCUCGCAGGAGACAAGCGGCUCUUUUGUUUCUCAGUAACAUCUCCCUGGACGGACGACCAGUCCAGAGUAUUUCAGUCGAGAAUGAAGGAAGCCGCCACCAUAAAGACGCCGACUUGGAGGGAGCCGACUCCAGCUCUGCGGUGGCAGCAGUGACCGGGUUGUGCCCGGAGCUGGGUAACAGUGGCAGCUACGGGACAUUCUCCGGCUUGUCAGCGUCCGUGAGCUGCAGUAACGUCAGUCCCUCCCCGGCACCGAGGACAGGACUCCUCAACGUACCGCCUAUCCUUGUCCUACCGUCGGAUACGGGGUUCAAUGAUGUGGGAAGUGCGGAGGUGCUGCUGGAGUGCCGCAGAGGCUCGUUCCCUUCACCGGGGGGGAACAGCAACCUUCUGUCACCGUCCCCGUCCAACACCAGCCUGCUACCGUCGCCACUAGGACCGCGGAAGUCUUCCACACUGCUGUCAGUACAGAGCUGUAACUCGGUGUCCUCAGAGCCGAGACAAAGGACUCGUAACCUCUCUGGUGGUUCUCCUAGACCUCGGCACACCAAGAAGAUUCACUUCAUCAAAAACAUGAAACAGUACGACACGAGAGGCAGCAGGAUCGUGCUGAUCUGUGCUAAGAGGUCUCUGUGUGCUGCCUUCUCUGUUCUUCCCUACGGAGAGAGCUUCUACCUCAGUGACCCCACAUUAAACCACCCGAGGAGGAGACACUCAUCUGGAAACAUCUCUACCACCCUGGAGAUGCUGCCGGGGCUAGAAGGCUUCCAUCUGGAGACCUACGGCCGGUCGGUGUCGUACGCCCAGUUCCUGUACCCCACUAACGCUCUGGUGAGGCAGAAGCCGUCAUCAGCCAGUGACCUGACACUGCAGAUCCCUGUGUCCAGGAGCACGCACAGCAUGCCGGGCAGGAGUUAUCCACCCAGUAGGCUGAACAGCACUGUGGGACUGGACCUGGGCCUGGACGAUGUGACCGACUAUGACCCUAACCUCCUCAGUGACCACCAGUGGCCCUGUGGGAAACACAAGCGGGUGUUGAUUUUUGCCUCCUACAUGACCACAGUUAUAGAAUACGUCAAACCGUCUGAUCUGAAGAAAGACAUGAACGAGACGUUUAAGGAGAAGUUUCCUCACAUUAAACUCACUCUCAGCAAAAUACGCAGUCUGAAGAGGGAGAUGAGGGUGGUUGGGGAGGACUGUGGCCUGCAGCCUGUCAGCAUCGCGAUGGCGUUUGUCUACUUUGAGAAGCUGGUGCUGCAGGGUCGACUCAAUAAACAGAACAGGAAGCUGGUGUCAGCUGCCUGCAUCCUAUUGGCUGCUAAGAUCAGCAGUGACCUCAAGAAACAGGAGGUCAAACAUCUCAUUGAUAAGCUGGAGGAGCGUUUCAGGAUCGGCAGGAGGGAACUGAUCUCGUUUGAGUUCACCAUCCUGGUCGCCCUGGAGAUGGCGCUUUACCUCCCCGAGAGUAAAGUCAUGCCACAUUACAGACGGCUGGUUCAGCAGCAGCAGUUAUAGCAGUGCCCGGCUCCACAGCACAGUGGCGCACCUCCGUCCAGGGACUUUCAGCACCUUCCAGCUCCACACUGUGAUCUUCAUCAUGCCUGGCUCAAAGGCUCAGAGGCACAGAGGAAUCACCCUCCUCUGUGCUCACGACGCAGACACCAAAGUUCAGCCACACUGUGAUGGUAGUAUGACAGCAGGCCUGGUAAUGCCUGGUUCAACAGCCCAGAGAGCAACAUCGCUUUCUCUCCUCCUUCAAGCACCAAAGUGACGACACACUGUGAUCGAGGGUUCAGCAGCACCAUGGGAACCAUCGUAGGUCAGAUUCAUCACAACCCUUCAAAAUCAUGUCCCACUGAAAGAAUAACUUUGUUUUUUUUUUAUUUUCAUACCUUUGGUUGUCAUUUCUGUUGGUUAAAAAUAGGGAUGCACCGAGGGCGAAAUUCUGGAGCGAUGCCGAUGUUUUAAAAGUCUUUCAGCUCUUCGUCAUACAAUCCUUGAAUGAGCACAAAUUCAAUCAGAAAAAAUUAUGAAACAAAAACAACCUUUACUGUCAAUUUUUAGAUAAACUUAAUUCACAACAAGUUCUUUUCUGAAAACUAACAGUCCUCUCAGACUGCUAACCAAUCAAUGGAAAGAUUUUUUCAAUACUAACAUUGCCCAACAAAAUAAUUUGAGUGGUUUUAGCCUGAUAAUCUCCUCAAACAUAUCAUUCAGGGAGGGGGCCCUGCUGCGUCGGGUCGUUGCCUCUUGCGCUGUGGGUGAUAUGCGCUCUCUCCGUCGCGCGGCCCGUCCUCGGCACCGGCAGCAGGCGACAGGUGCGCGUCAGGUAUUGCUCGUGCGCGUUGUUUAACAUCCUCACCAAAGUAGCGAUCCUUGUACCUGGGAUCCAGUGAGGUAGCAGUGCAGAGCAUGGGAUCAUACUCGAUUUGAUCGAAGAGUUUAUUUACAGCCUCUAAUAAUGAGGUCUUUGUUGUUGUAACGCCGUGGUCUGUGUCUGCCUGCUGGCUCACAGGACGUCUCAGGCCGCUCACAGAGAGGAUGGCGUCGGCAGCUGGUGCCUCUGAUGAGCUAACUUCUCUUGUCAGUUGUUCAAACAGGGAGGAGUGUUAUGAAGUUUUCAGUUAAUUGCCGCUGGUGCGCACUGAGAGUGGCGGGGAGGUCGUAGUCUACGGCAUGUGUAGCAAGUGCGCGCUUUUCUUCCAGCAAACUCUCCAUCAUGUAAAAGCUGCUGUUCCACCGAGCGGAAACAUCUUGCUGUAGCCUUUUUGGUUUCAUCCCCAACUGGACCUGCGCAGCCUGAAGACGCGAACAGGCGAGAGGUGAGAGUUUAAAGUGGCCGACUAGUUUUGGGCAAAUAGCCACAACACCCGUGAUGCUGCGCUGGCUUAGAAACACCAUCAGGGACUGCCAGUUGCAGAGUGUGAGUGUGUGCCAUGCAGCCAAAACUAGCCAGACCACUGUCCGUCAUAGCUUUCCUCACAUCCCUAGCUUUAUCCAUUAGGACAGCAUGCACUCUGGGGUUUCCACCUCUGGAACAAAGGCCUCUGAGAUGGCAGCUGCUGAGUCGGUACCUGUGAACUCCUGGGAGUGUGACGCUGCCUUUACCAGGUGGAAGUCCUUGUCGCUGUGCCGUGAGGCUGCGCAUGAUGUCUGAACUCCAUACAUCAGUGGUAAAACUGACUGCAGCGCGAUGUCACGCGCCAGUAGCUCGUGAAUGUGCGUGGCCACAGUGUUGUGGAUUUCGGGGAGACAGACCUCGGCGACGUGACGUCGGCUAGGCAGCGUGUCGCGUGGCCCCUUAAACUUAAUCACGUCCUCCACUGCAGAGAAAGGCAGGUCAGCUAAAGGAUGAGCUCCAUCACCUGGUUGUUUUGCUUUGGCGCUGUCUGUCUGUGGGCAGGUGUUUGGCUUUCUCAAACGCCGUAUCAGUUACAGUCCGAGUCUUACCGGUGGCGGUUCGCGCUUUCUCGGUCGCGUGCAGGUAAUCCCUGUACACCGCCUCGUGCCUGCUUUUCAAAUGUCCACGGGGAUUUGUUGUGUUAAAUGUCUGUCUUGCAGUUCCACCUCUGGAAAUGUCAAUGGAACAUAUUACAAACUGCGUAACGCGGAUCUUUCUCCGACACCAAAGUAUCGCCACACGGCCGCCGUCUUCUUUUACUUGACUGAGCGCCCUCUUCCGUCCGGGCAGAGUUACAUCUCCAAAAAAAAGGAAAAACGAAAGGUUUCAACUGAGCACAGCGUUCAUGCGACAUGUACAUCAACACAUAAUCAUCUUUGAAUGUCAUCUUUAUUUGCUGAUGGCAGUUAACGAGGCGAACAUCGGCCGAUACCUUUGUUCAGCCGACGCAUCGGUGCAUCCCUAUAAAAAAUCCCCCACACAGCUCUCAUUUAUCUGCUGAAACUGGGAAAUUGGGGUUUUUGUAAACCUGUGUUUAGCAGUUUUGAGCUCUGUGCAAUUUGACCUAAUGAGUAACUUAUUUACCCGGAAAAAAACAUUUUCAUCAUUUCUCUUAAAGCAGUACUAACGCUGAAACAGUCUUUAGUUCAGAAUUUCGUCUUUGUUUGUUUUCUAACUCUGCAGAAACACAAAGAGGGAAUUUUGCACUAAAAAGACUAACUUUGAUUUCUUUAACUCAGAGUGUUGAAGCCUCAGAUUAACUUCAGAUGAAGUUUGGGACGCAGCUUUCAGCACUGAUAGAGCAGAAAGCAGAACCUGUUUCAGCGCUCGUAUGGGCGGAUAUAAACUCAGAUACUUCUGCAGUGGAAAAAAAACUUUAACACCAUUUGCUCAAAUUGUGUUAGAGUAAAGGCCAAAACCUUUUUCGCCUUCAGUGCAGAAACACAAAGAAACACGGCGGCUUUGGAAAAAAAAAGGAACUCUUCUCAUCAGCUCACGUACGGUACAUCAGGCCUGUAAAGACUGACUGAUGACUGAUGUUUGGACAGGCCCUUUGCCAAAAGUGAAAGGAAAGUCCCAGCGUUUUAAGGUGGACUGCACAGAUAUGAUUAGUGUUUAACAGAAGAAACUCACUGUGGCUUCGCCCUCAUUGUGUCUGCACCGUGAAGGAACAUCAUAACUACCAAAAAGUCCUUCGUGUUCAUGAACUACCUGAGAAAAACAGCAUUUCACUCAAACAUUAUUUAUUCUGUGUUCACUGUAUCAUAAAGCGAUGAACAUUUAACCAAACAGAGGCCGCUAACAGGGUGUUUGUGACUGUUUUUCCUCCAUCUUACAACAGGAAAUUACUUUUAAAAAAAAACAUUUUGUACUGGGUAUUCUGAAACCGCUGGUCAGAGGCAGCCAUGUUGGAGGAAACAGCUGGACAUUCUCUGUAGAGCCUCUGUUGUUUUUGCACUUUGCCUUUUUGCUUCACAAUCCUGAAUCUUUAUUUUAUCACUAAGUAACAAGGGUAAUAAUAUUUUUCUACAUGUGAGGUGUAUUAUUGUAGUAUUGUAUGCUGAGAACUGACCGAGUCACUGAAAUUUAUUUAUUACUAAUAAACCUCCAGACGAAGGAUCACGUUUUAAACCGUCUGAGUGUCAAACAGUCACAGCUGAAGUUGUAAACCUGACGAUGCAAAGCAGCUUCACUCCACAUCAUUCAGCUGAAAACGACUUCAGCUAAGGUUUUAAAUUAAAACGUGAUUCUUCCUCUUGAGGUUUCACAUCAAUGUUCUUCCACAGUUGUUAUUUUCUCUCGUGUGUUAAAGGUACGCGGUUGUAUUUCGGAGUCGGGGUUCGUCUGUACCUGAGCGCCGGAGCAGGAGAGCUGACGGAGUUCACUCUGCAUUUACGAGCCGAGUUUGGACUAAAGUUCUGCUUCAUGGCCCCAGUGUGUCCAGGCUCAGGUUCCGGUUUGGUUAUUUUCUAAUGCAACAUAUCAAAACAUUCUUUUUCUUCUUUCCUUUUUUGGAGACAGCGUGUUGGUUCAGAUAAGGGGAAACUCUAAAGGGACAGAAAGGAAGAAAGUUGUCGAGUUGCGUCUUGAAGAAACAAACCAGUGAUUUUUCAUAUUAAGCCUGUUUACCACCUUCUCCGUUCAUUUCAGUGUCAUACGACAAUCAUCACUUGUUGUGUAUUGUGUAAUACCUUACAGUGAACGUCAGGUCUGUCAGUUAUAUAAAGGUGCGCAACUGUUCAGAGAUCACACAACACACACGCUUCAUAUCAGCCUGGACUAAAUAAUUUAACCCUGAAAAAACAUGAUGCAGACUUGAUGUUCGCUGUGAUUAAUUACAGAACUAAAGCAAGUUUCAGGCUGAUCGUUAAACCACAGGGAAAACACACAUUGGAAAAUGGUCAGCGCAAGUAUUCAUAAUUUGUAGGUAAGGAAAUAAAACUUUGAGGAACACUGGCUUGGUUCUUUAAAGACGGGGCUUCAGGUUUCAUCUUUGGGUCCAUGCAGAACUUUAGUGUCAAAAAAAACUUGUCAGUUAUUUCUCUCCUGCUCUGACAAAGACGGUGAAGAAGAAUCUCCGCUCCGCAAUUUACACUGAGACGCUUCAGAGCAGAGUCGUAUAUUUAAACUGUCGCCUCAGUGAAACCCACUGAAGGAAAAAGAAUAUUUGGGCAAUAAACAGAUGGACUUCCUGCGUUUAGGCUGAAGAACGACGCUUAAAGACGCACUUCAGCCGUCAGCACAGUGAAUAUAAGACUCUGCUUCAGAGCAGAAACAGCACACGAUCCUCCAGAGUCGUCUUCUCUACAUUAGAGAUGUGAUAUUGAUUCUAUGCAGCUCUUACUGUGUCAGCUGACCUUCAUCCUCCUCCCCCUCCUCAGUGCGUUUACCUUUACUGUGCCACAGCGUUAAUUUUUACCUGACACUCCUUAUUUAAAACACUCGUACGCAAGUUGUUUUUACUUUGUUUUGUAUCACGUAAUUAUUAUUAUUUUCUUCUUCUUUGAGCACUGUAAGGCUGUAAAGGCAAAUAUUUACCAAGUGUUUGUCUUUCGUUUAUAAUUAUUUUUACAUUUUAAGUUAAUUAGAUUUUUGUAUUGUGUUGUUUUUUGUUUUUGUUUGUCUUUGUUUAACUCGACAACAUGGACGAGCAGCGUUGCAGUCAAGGCAUCACACGACGUAAAUCUGUUAUUAUUUAUGUUUUGGGUUCAGCUGUUGUUGCCACAUGUUUUACAUGCAUGCAGUGAUCCUGACGAAAAAAGAAAUCGUUAAAUCGGGUUAAGCUGUUCAUACAUUUUGUAGUGUGACGAUCAUCUUCAACGCAAUCAACCUGUUUGAAGUGUCGUGUACAAGCUACAGCGCAAACAGCUGCUGUUCGUGGUGUAGUCAGUCACACUGCGGGGCAGGUGGGUGUUCAGCAUGUGACUGACUACACCUACCUGCCCAGCAGUGUGUGUUCAGCUCACAACUGGAGGAGAAGUGGAUGAAAAAUAUUUAUAGAAAUAUUUUGUAAAAGAUAAAGACCAUGUACUGUUUAAACUGCCAUGUUCGAUUCAUGUCAAAUUUUAUUUUCAUUAAAGAUGUGGAAUUU